GUUUCUCCUACCAAAUUGGCUGCACUGGUCAGCCGUAAAAGUCAUAUUUUUUCCACAUCAUUUUUUCUUAGCCGUGUAAAUUGACUAAAAUAGUUAAUUUAAGAGGUCAUGUGGUGAAAAAUAUAUUAAAAAAUAUCCAAGGACUUUUAUCUAGCACUGAUUUGAUAGAAGAAAAUCUCCAUUGACACAUAUCAAACAAGUGCCGCCAACAAACGGUUAAUUUGUAGUAAAGAUGUCAAGUGACGCACAGCCACAGCAUGCUGCGCAGGGAAAUGGCGAGGUAGCGGCUGCGCCCGAUGGUGCUGCUGACCCCAACAACCCAGAUCAACAAGGUCAACAACCACCGCAAGCCACAAAAUUGGAAUCGUUCUUUGCCGUGACCAAAUCGUUAAUAUUGCGUGCGCUUAUAAUUUACUUCAUAAGCUCGUUUUUCCGGCGUCCACAAACAGAUGCUAACGAUGCCAGCCAACAAAAAUCUGCGAGUUCGGCUCCACGGAUAAAUGCUUGGAAUUACUUUGAAAAUGGUACACUCUUUGAUUUGCACGUCUGGCUGUCGGAAAAUGCUGAUGUUGUAGAUUUUAAGCAACAAUCGAAUUUAAUAUGGCUACAAGAGGAUCUUGUAUAUGGUGACUGGUCAUCGGGACCAAAACGCGAUGGCAUUUACCACAAUUUAAAGUUAAAAGCAUCGAAAUCAUUGAUGAACAAUGGCAGUAUCUAUUUGCAUGCAUUUGUCACACCUACUGGAGAGAGCCCUGACCCUGAAGCAGAAAAUUAUGCUAAGCGGGGUAUGAUGGGCCAUCCACGUAUGCUGAAUAAAUUUAAACGCAUACGUGUUAACCGAAAUUAUAAUCUGCUUGCUGGAGAAAAGGAAAAAUUAGCCAUUGAAUUGGAGCAUGCGAAUCUUAAAGAUACUAUUGUGUCGCAUUGGCAUCCAAAUUUGACCAUAAAUUUGGUGGUAGAUCAAACUAAUUGGGCUGCCGGUAGCGUACCGCCUCCAUUGGAUGAGUGUAAGUUUGUGGAUGGAGGAAAAACUUAUUUGCCUAUAGUAUUUAUUAAUGACUAUUGGAAUUUGCAACGCGAAUAUUUUCCUAUUAAUGAAACAACGCCAGAAUAUUUGCAUUUAACCUUCCAACCCUUAAGUAUGUUUAAAUGGCAAUUGUAUGCCGCACAGCAAAUGAAAAACAAAUGGGGUGGCAACAUGCUGGGUGAAUUGAUGACUUCUGGUGCGCCAGAGGAGUCUGACGAGGAUCAAGAUUCUUUGAAAGAAACACUGCUUGAUACAAACAUAUAUUUGCUUGGAAUGACUAUUGCUAUAUCGAUAUUACAUUCAGUAUUUGAACUACUGGCCUUCAAAAACGACAUACAGUUUUGGAAUAAUCGUAAAUCGCUGGAAGGUCUCUCAGUGCGUUCCGUAUUUUUCGGCGUGUUUCAAUCAUUGAUUGUGCUUCUAUACGUUUUGGAUAAUGAAACCAACUUUAUGAUACGUGUUUCAUGCUUUGUUGGAUUAGGUAUCGAAAUUUGGAAAAUUCACAAAGUCGUCGACAUCGACUAUAACACAGAUCAGAAAAUACUGGGUAUACUGCCAAAAAUAAGUUUUCAAGAUAAGGGUUCUUACGCGGAUAGUAAUACAAAAGAAUAUGACAAUCUAGCCUUCAAAUAUCUGGGUUGGGCCUGUUUCCCCCUCCUGAUAGGUUAUUUUAUCUAUUCGUUAGUGUAUAAUGAGCACAAAGGCUGGUACUCAUUUGUGCUAAAUAUGCUCUACGGUUACCUGCUGACAUUUGGCUUCAUCAUGAUGACGCCACAGUUGUUCAUCAAUUAUAAGCUUAAGUCCGUAGCGCAUUUGCCUUGGCGUAUGAUGACCUACAAAUUCCUAAACACAUUCAUAGAUGAUAUAUUUGCUUUUGUGAUCAAAAUGCCUACAAUGUAUAGGUUGGGAUGCUUCCGCGACGAUAUUAUUUUCUUCGUAUUCUUGUAUCAACGCUGGCAAUAUCGCGUUGAUUACAAGCGUGUUAAUGAAUUUGGUUUCUCCGGCGAAAUGGAGGAAGAAGCGUCUAAGAAAAGACUGGAUUCUGCUACGCCUGCGUCACAGCAGCAGGAAGAGAAGGCAGCCAUCGAAGAUGCACCUAAACCAGUUGCCGAAAAGAAAAAAGAUUAAGUAUUUCUCCUAUAUAUACUAUACAUAUUAUGUAGAUGCUAGUUAAUUCUAAAUCAGGAUUUCAAAUGCCACACCUAGUUAGUAUGUGGAUAUUUCAAGUAUGAAUAAGAUUUUCUGUGAAAAGGCAUAUCUUUAUUCUUGUUUUGUUCUGGCCCUUCACUUCCUAUAUGUUAGAAAAUUUAAUUAGAGAAUUUAUUUACGUAAUUUAAGUUGCUAUUUGAAAAUUGUA